AUGAGCGGUUGGAUCCACGCUGAGUCGCUUGAGGCGGUCAAUGGGCAGCCACCCGGGUCUUGGAAUUUCAAAAGGGACCUCGUCGUUCUUUGGAACCUUCGAUGGAACCCGUUCUCGAGGCAGCAUCCUAUUCGUUGGUGCGUGAGGUAUCUCUGCAGAUGGGGCCCAUAUGAUCCCAGCCAGCUGUUCAUCGCGCCGAAUCGGAUUGGCGACUCGAGAAUUGGGACGACGUUAGGUACCCAACCUCCCCCCUGCACCCGACGGGCGGGCCUUUUGAGUGUGCAGGCAUUUCCGCUUGUGUUGUUUGCCGGAAUGAGGCAGAUGGGAGAGAGCAAAUCUGGACGAUCGGCUCUGCGCCCACUCAAUGCUCGUGGAGACUGGACAACAGAUGCUAUUCACGACCGCCGAUAUGAAGGGCUUCGAAUCGAACCACAACUUCUUGUCUGGAGGCAAAUAUCGGGCAAUGGCAACGUGAAACAUAUUUACAACAUCGGCCACCUGUUUGACGACAACCUACAUCUCUCAGUGGCGUGUACCUGCGUACUUUUCAUUGCAACGACAGCAUGCUGGGUCAAACCGCAACCGCGAUAUCGAAUCCAAAUCCACGCAGCAGACGAUUAUUGA